AUGGGAUCUGUAGCUCUUCCUCUUCUCACUUCUCUCUUCAUGGUAGUAAAUGAUGAAGUGAUUUCACUGUGAUGUUUUAGAGAAAGUUGGUCUGGUGGAGCGAUUCUAUGCCUGUUCUCUGGACUUUUCACUCUGUAGAACUCUGUUUUUGGCUUCUGGUCCCUUCCUUCUGUAGUUCUGUUCUACACUUCUUUCUGUCCUUGAGUUCUCUGUAGAGGUCAUCCAUGGAGUGGAGUUAUGUUCUUCCCAUCCAUUUUAUGGAGUUAAAGUUGAUGAGUUCCCCGAGUCUCAGUGAUCUGGGCCGGAGCGACAGAGCAGGUGUGGAGGAGAGAGGAGCUCAACAAUGCAGGGCAGGAGCUAACGCUAUAUGGAACAGUAUCCAUAAUGCGGUCAUUGCCAUGUUCCAGAAGAAAGAUCUGGGAGAUAAUGAGCUGUACUCUUUGAAUGAAGGAGUCAGACAGUUGUUGAAGACAGAGUUGGGUUCUUUCUUCACGGAGUAUCUGCAGAACCAGCUCCUAACCAAAGGCAUGGUCAUACUGCGUGACAAGAUCUACUUUUAUGAAGGUCAAAAGUUACUCGAUGCUCUGGCUGAAACCUGGGACUUCUUCUUCUGUAACGUGCUCUCCACGCUGCAGGCCAUCUUCUACCCAGUCCAGGGGAAGGAGCCCUCUGUAAAACAGCUCGCUCUCCUGCACUUUAGGAACAUUAUAACUCUGAGCAUUAAGCUGGAAGACGCUUUGUCUCGUCCCAAAGUCUGCGUUCCUCCAUCCAUCAUCCAAAUGCUGCUCAUACUGCAGGGGGUACAUGAGUCUAGAGGAGUGAGUGAGGACUAUUUAAAGUUGGAGUCUCUGAUUCAGAAGGUUGUAUCUCCGUACCUGGGCACACACGGCCUGUACACCAGUGAUGGAUGUGUGGCGCAGUGUUCCUGUGUGCUCGAAAAGCGAUUGCUGCGGCACAGGCCCAACCUUGGAGACUCCUCUGCAAGAAACCUUGUGGUCCGCUCUAAGAGCUACAAUGUGCCAAUGCUGACUCCUGUGGAAGAAUAUGAGACGGAGACCACAUUAGUGGGCAGUUCAGGAAUCCGCCGACAUUCUGUUUGCCAGAUGACCUUGUGCCAGGAAGAGCCGGCAUUCUCCAGCAUUACAUCCAGCCCCGAGACCAACCCUGCAUCGCAACUUUCAGCCUCACACCCGUCUGUGCAACAGGAGCCGGCUCUUUCGGGAUGCAGAGAGCAGACGGUUUUCUCUCAAAGCCCUGAGACCAUCACAGACCAACUCCUAGAGUCUCUCGACUCCAAAUCAGAGGGAAUCUUCAUCGACUUCAGCUACCAUUGUUCACACUCCUCUACCUUCAGCCCUGAGAGUGAGAGUGAGAGCAUGGUGUAGGGCGUCAGCAGAACCUCAGAUUCGUGAGGGCCACUAAAGUAUAAAUCAUAAAACUCAUUUCAGAUGUUUUGGGAUUUUUCUACAUUUUUAUUUUUACUGUGUAUUUUUAUACUAAAUAUUUAAAAAGUUCUAAUUUAAUUAUGGGUCUGUGGAGAAUUUUAUCUGGAUCAUUAAACAAACUUGUAUUAUUUUUAUCACAAAUGUUUAGAACAACAAAUUCUAUAACAAAUUAAUAUAUUGUAAUUACUAUUUAAUUGUAUUUAUUUAUAUAAUUGUUGCUGCGCAGUGAUUAGUAUCCCGGAUGUCGCUUCUCUGAUCACAGUAUGAAUACAAAGAAGAAAACUCCACUGAUUAAAUUUAACUUUUUUUAUACAUGA